ACAAAUAUUCCAACAGCUGGAAUACCCGAAGUAGUUUUACAAGAAGUUAGAUAUCGUGAAACGUGGGAUAGCUACUUUCAAGAAAAUGUACAAGAAGCAACAAGGCAAAGUUCACAUAAUGCUUUGAGUACUGAUUUAGAAAUUUUGAAAUCUGGAACAAAAGCAAGAUGGAAAGCAUUAGCAAUGCAACGUGACCUGACAUGCACCGUGUGUGCUACGCCCCUCACUGCUGGUGUUGGGGAAGAAGAGUUUCUGGUCUCUACAACACAUGCACCGGUAUUUGCUACGCCCCUCACUGCUGGUGUUGGGGAAGAAGAGUGUCUGAAAAGAAACUCCCUCUCAAAUAAUCUACCUAUUUUCGAUGAUGACAUUGAGGAUGAGGAUUCAUCUAUUGAGAAACUAACAUUCGAGCCACACAUUGCUAAAUUGCUAUUACCAUAUAGAAGAGUUCUCGAAGAAAUGCGAAAUCAUCAUAUAGAAGAAGAAUUGCAACGCGCUCGAAAUUUGUCUCUUAUGCUCAAAUGGUCUGUUGUGGAUCAUUCUCUGUUUAAGAGACCCAAAUUCUGUCCAAAUUUAUCCAGACCAGCUGUUAAUAUGAAUUUAUUGAAAUCCGUUCUUAUGGAAACUCAAAAUAGAAAUCUUCGACACGCAGUUAUAAUUGUAUAUAAUUUAAUUGCUAAAGAGAUUGUAGAUAAUGUAAACUCUGAAAUACGACAAUGGCUAGCAAGAUUAUUUGGAGUUCAUAAGAAUGAACACUGCGUCAUCGAUGUACAAACAGCAUUAACAGCCAUCACUUCU